AUGUCAGCUUUACGCGUCGUUCAAUUGAUUCUCCUCACGGCCGGCUUACGGUUCGCCGUGUGUCACUCGAUGUUUGAGUCGCACGUCGUCGAUCAAGAAUAUAUUGUGACUUUCAAUGGAUAUUACUUAAACGAAACAAGGCACAAUUACAUAUCGGCUGCUUUAAGACCUUCAGGCAUUAACAAUUGGAAAAUUUUAGAAAGAAAAAAUGCUGCCACCCAAUAUCCAAGUGAUUUUGAUGUUUUAUUUGUUGAUGAAUAUUAUUCCUUAAAAGCCUUAGAUGCACUGACUGGUCAUCCACUAAUUAAAAAAGUAACCCCACAACGAUUAGUACAAAGACAUUUAAAUGAACACUUAAAUGGAACUGAAAAUAAAGUGCUCUUACAUAGAAGAAGCCUUGGCCAAGAUAUAAAAUUAUGGCAAAAACUAAACAAACGAUAUAAAACUCGACAUAUACUUCGUGCUGUUCCUUCUCAAAUAACCAAAGUUCUCAAAGCCGAUGUUUUAUGGCGGUUAGGUAUUACAGGCAAGGGUGUAAAGGUAGCAAUUUUUGACACUGGUUUGAGUAAUUCUCAUCCACAUUUCAAAAGAGUAUCUGAGAGAACUGAUUGGACAGGGGAUGGAGACUUGGAUGAUGGUCUGGGCCAUGGUACAUUUGUAGCAGGACUUAUAGCGUCACACCGUGAAUGUUUUGGGUUUGCUCCUGAUGCAGAUUUGCAUAUUUUCAGAGUAUUCACUAAUAAUCAAGUUUCGUAUACAUCAUGGUUUUUAGAUGCAUUUAAUUAUGCUAUUAUGAAAAAAGUUCAUGUUCUUAAUUUGAGUAUUGGCGGUCCUGAUUUUAUGGAUCAACCUUUUGUUGACAAAGUUUGGGAAUUAACUGCUAAUGGAGUUAUUAUGAUAUCGGCUAUUGGUAAUGAUGGACCUUUGUAUGGUACUUUGAAUAAUCCUGCUGAUCAAAUGGACGUUAUUGGUGUGGGUGGAAUAAGUUUUGAUGAUCAUAUAGCAAAAUUUUCAUCACGAGGAAUGACUACAUGGGAAUUACCACAGGGGUAUGGCCGUUUGAAACCUGAUAUAGUUAGUUACGGCACAGAUGUACAUGGAUCAAGUGUGAGUGGAGGAUGUCGGACUCUCUCUGGCACUAGUGUUGCAUCACCUGUUGUAGCUGGGGCUGUAACACUAUUAACUAGUGGUAUAUUGGCCCAAGGUAAAGUAGUCAAUCCUGCAAGUAUGAAGCAAGCUCUUUUAGCCAGUUCUCAAAGAUUACCAGGCGUCAAUAUGUUUGAACAAGGACAUGGAAAGCUAGACCUCUUGAAUGCUUACAAAGUAUUGUCUAGCUACAUACCACAAGUCAGUUUCAGCCCUAGUUAUGUAGAUUUGACGGAAUGUCAAUAUAUGUGGCCCUACUGCACUCAACCAUUAUAUUAUACUGGUAUGCCAGUCAUUGUCAAUAUCACUGUACUCAACGGUUUGGCAGUAUUUGGAAAAGUGGUUGAUGUUCCUGUUUGGUAUCCAUAUUCUCAUGACAAUGGACAUUACUUAGAUGUGACUAUACGUUAUUCUCGGACAUUAUGGCCUUGGUCAGGUUGGAUGGCUAUUGCACUAUCUGUGUCACAAACUAUACCUAAAGAUUGGAGUGGAACUGUGGCUGGCCAUAUUGAGCUAACAAUUGAAUCAGCGAAUACCAAUUACACAGUUAAUUUGCCGUUAAGAGCUGCUAUUAUACCUCCUCCACCAAGAAUAAGAAGAAUCCUGUGGGAUCAGUACCAUAAUUUAAGAUACCCACCGGGGUAUUUUCCAAGAGAUAAUUUGAAUGUAAAAAAUGACCCAUUAGACUGGAAUGCAGAUCACAUACAUACAAAUUUUAAGGGUUUAUACCAACAUUUACGUAGUUCUGGUUAUUAUGUUGAAGUAUUGGGUGAACCGUAUACAUGCUUUAAUGCUACCAACUAUGGAGCAUUGUUAGUUAUAGAUCCUGAAGAAGAGUUUUUCUCUGAAGAAAUAGUAAAAAUUGAGACUGACAUUGCAAAUUACAAUUUAUCAGUUAUUAUUUUUGCAGACUGGUAUAAUGUUUCUGUGAUGAAAAAGAUAAAAUUUUUUGAUGAAAACACCAAGCAAUGGUGGAUGCCAGUAACAGGAGGCUCAAACAUUCCAGCUUUAAAUGACUUGUUGGCGCCCUAUGGCAUAUCUCUAGGUUCUAACGUUUAUUAUGGAGAAUAUGAAAUGGGAGAUAGAAAAGUACAUUAUUCUUCAGGUACUCAUAUAACAUCAUUUCCAAAUGAAGGAAUUGUUGUUGCUAAAACUUUAAAAAAUCAAGGUGAAGAAAUUUUAGGAAGUGAUAAAAGUGGACGAGAAGUUGAUGUUCCUAUUUUAGGCUUAUAUAAAUCCUCAGGAUAUAUUGUUCUUUAUGGUGAUUCAAAUUGUCUAGAUAAUAAUCAUAUUGAAAUUGACUGUUAUUGGAUGUUGGACGCUAUCAUGGAAUAUAUAUCUACUGGUAAACUACCUCAUGUUUUUCUUGAGGAUAAUGUCAAAAUCAGUAACAACAAUACUACACAUUAUUUAACUGAACGUCUUGAACACAAUGAAUUACACAAAUACUCUAAAGUGAUUAGAAAAAGUGAUUCUGGUAUUGUACAACUAUCUAUCCCAUUGUGUGUCACAAUUGAUUUGGCUAAAACCGUUGUUCUUAAUAUUUCAGCAAACAGUGAUAAUUACAAACCUCAAAAAUUGAAAACUGACCCCUCUUACAAGGAUGAAAAUGAAUAUGUAUGGUUGCAAUCUCUAGCAGCCAGUUCAAAAGUUCAAAAUGAAACAUUAGCAAUUGAAGGAUUUUUCACUGGAUUUUUUUUACCUUUAACAACACUUGCAAUUGUAUUGUCUAUCGUAGCUAUUUUCAUCUUAUGGCGAUAUUAUUGUUGGAGAGCAAAAGCUAAACAGGGUCUUAUAGCCCUUGGUAAAAAAAAAACUGUUGGAGGUAUCAAAAAAAGUUUUAUGUAUAUGCUCAACCACAACAGUAGAAUUCAAUCUGCUAGAGGAUAUAAUUUGUGA